AUGUCCCACGGAGCCAAACAGCAAUCUGCUGCCCUCCUAAACACCUCCGGGAAGACCCAGCAUGGAAGCUUCCUGGUGGCUGUUAAACAAGAGAAAGGGGAGGCCCCGCGACCUGUUGGCGAGAAGCCCCAUGGUGAAGAAGAGCCAGUGAAGAAGCGGGGCUGGCCGAAGGGCAAGAAGAGGAAGAAGAUUCUCCCCAACGGGCCCAAGGCCCCAGUGACGGGCUAUGUCCGCUUCCUAAAUGAACGUCGGGAGCAAAUCCGCAUGCAGCACCCGGAUUUGCCCUUUCCAGAGAUCACAAAGAUGCUUGGGGCUGAGUGGAGCAAACUGCAACCCACGGAGAAGCAGAGAUACCUGGAUGAGGCAGAGCGGGAGAAGCAGCAGUACAUAAAAGAGCUGAGGGAAUACCAGCAGUCCGAGGCUUACAAGAUGUGUGCAGAGAAGAUGCAGGAGAAGAAGAUCAAGAAAGAGGAUGCAGGACCAGGAGCUGUCAAUACCCUGCUGAAUGGGUACAAGGUUGGAGAGUGUGGCAGCGACGGCUUCUCGACGUUUGACACCCCCAUAUUCACAGAGGAAUUCCUGGACCAGAAUAAAGCUCGGGAAGCGGAGCUGCGGCGCCUGCGGAAGAUGAACACCGAGUUCGAGGAGCAGAACGCCAUUUUGCAGAAGCACACCGAGAGCAUGUGCUGCGCCAAGGAGCGGCUGGAGCAAGAGCUGGCCACGGAGGAGAGGCAGACGAUGGCCCUGCAGCAGCAGCUCCAGGCCGUGCGUCAGGCUCUGACGGCCAGCUUUGCCAGCCUGCCCGUCCCAGGCACAGGAGAGACCCCCACACUGGGCACUCUGGAUUUCUACAUGGCUAAGCUGCACAGUGCCAUCGAGAGCAACCCAGUCCAACACGAGAGGCUGGUGGUCCGAGUGAAAGAGAUCCUGUCCCAUAUUGCCAGGUGA